CCGUUAGUUUAUUCCAUGUCCCCAUCCCACCCAACACACCAGUAUAAACCAUCUGCAAUAGAAGACAAAUCACACACAGUUGAUGAGACCUCUCGGCUCUCUGGAAAGCAUAAUUCCCAGAAACUGAACAAGGAAGAAAUUAUCAGAAUAUCAAUUUAUUUUCCAAUAAGGCUAGAAGUUACUGAUAUUCAUAUGGACAAGAAGCUAGAUGCUGUCAUAAUUGUCUCAAGUAAUGUUUCCCAUGGUCCAAAUUACGAAAUUGCCAGUCCACAAGACGAGGCACAACCAAAAAAAUAUAUUAAUCUGGAUCCAGAACUUGAUAUAUUGAGACAAAAGGCUGUGGUAAAGGAGCAUGAAACAAACGAAUGCGACACUGAAAGGCCUGUUGAGACUACUAAACUUUGUGAAGCUGACAAAUGUGAAAAGCAAGAUGUACCAAGCUCAAAUGAGAUUGACAUGGAGAAGGAAGGCGCAAAAUCUAAAGGUCAAAAAGUAACUGAUGAUCAUAAGCAGUCAAGACCUUCGGGCAAACCUGCUAUGAACUGUGCUGCUGGAAACUGCAAAAUAAGGUGCACUGUUCCACAGCCAUUUGCUUUGGCAACAGAAAAGCGCGCUUUAUGUGGAACUCGGCCUCAUGAGACUGAGGAUGACUACGUUGCUGCUGCAAAUAAACCCCCUCAUGUCAAUGGUUUGCCACACUCCAGUACUGCCAAGAAGAAUGUGGUGCAGCCUGUCUCACUUAUGGUAUCGAGGAAGCCGUUGCAACCUGCUAAUAAGAAGCGUCCUGAUGAAGAUAACUGUUCUGUUGCUUCUUCAACUGUGGCAUCAGGAAGAAAGGUCAAGACAAUUGUUGCAGCAGUCCCUGUUUUCAGGUGCAGUGCACGUGCAGAGAGAAGGAAGGAGUUUUAUUCAAAAUUAGAGGAGAAACAUCAAGCUCUUGAGGCUGAGAAAACUCAGUGUGAUGCAAGGACAAAGGAAGAGAUUCAAGCAGCUGUCAAGCAACUAAGAAAAGGUUUGUCGUUUAAGGCAAGCCCAAUGCCUAGCUUCUACCACGAGGGACCACCUCCCAAAGUUGAACUGAAAAAGCCACCUCCAACUCGUGCUAGAUCGCCAAAGUUGGGCAGGAGGAAGAGUUGUGGGGAUGCAGGAGAUUUUGAGAAGUGCAUUGGUGCUUAUGGUCGUGGACCCCGUCAGAGUAUUACCAUUUACAGAAAUAGUCUCCCUACUACAAACAGGAAACUUGGUAUCAAUGUCCAGAAUGGUACCGCUUCUUGAAAAAUUAAGGAUCAGACUUGACAGGGAGGAGAGAUAUAUGAGGCUUUUGCACUGAAGGUGAAUGAAGAUAGACAUGCAGACAUUGCUGUAAAUUCUUGAGGUUGGGUAAGUUCUCUGAUUAAUGGGACGAAAGAGCUUUAAUUUAUUGCUGAAAAGUCUUAGGUCUUGCAUCUUGUGACCAUUGUGUUUCAGAUACAUGUUUAAGCAGCGAAACUCUUUGCAGUGGUUUGUGUUACAAUGAUUUAUGAAUUGUAAAUUUCUGUAAGUUAUGAUCAUAUUUAUCAGAGGAAACUUUAUGUGAUAGUAAAUCUUAUUCCUUUCAUUUA